AAAAAAUAAACUUUUUGCCUAUUUAAAAUUAAAAAUUAUUUCAUUUAUUUGCAGGAUAAUCACUCAUCACGUAUACCAAUGAGAGGUUUUUCCUCACGCAUUCCAAUGCCUGGCACAUCAGCCACCACACAAUCAACAAAAAUGACAGCGCCAUCGAACGACACUAAUCAAAUAAAGACAAAACUUGCACGACCAACAGACAUAGGUGGUCCACUGUCUAGCUUUGUACGACCGACGGCAGUUACGCAAAAAAUAACACAAAUUACAAAAUCGAGCUUAUCAAAUCUCACGUCGAGGAUAAUGACGAGACAAUUUUCGAUGAGUAGUAGUCACAUUCAAAAAAUUGAAUCUAGUCAAAGUAAUAAUAAGGAAGUGAAUGGCGACGAUGAUCAAAUGUUGAUCGAUGAAACAAUAGAUUUAGUUGGAAGUGACGAUAAUAUGCUUCGAUAUGCGAGUAAGGAGAGCAUUCAAUCACAUCAGCCAACUUUUGAUCUUUGUCGACGAGAUGGAACUUUUAUAAAGUCACCAACACGUGGACUUAAUGCGACACCGUCAAUCGGUUCCGUUAAUUCUCUGCCUGAUGCUAAAGAUAAACCCAGCAAUACACAACGUGCCGUAUCAAAAAGUCGUGAUAGUUUAAAUUCAAUCAUAAGUAAUCAAACGAGAAUCGCUCGACUACGUAAGAGUGGAAAUGACCUGCUGGGCUCAUCAUUGUCAUUGACAAAGUCACCGAUAUGGGGAUCUGAGGAUAUACUUAAUGUAUCCCCAAUGGACAAUGAGAAUGUCAGCUUUGUAAAUAGUCAAUUGAGGUGCGGACCAUUUUUCAAUCAUCACCUUCCCACCGAUGCUUCAGCACGUAUUUUAUGUCACAAUGAUGAAAUAGCACAGACAGCUAUGGAUGUUGAUGAAUGUGAUGCACAGGGAGCUGGUGUCGUCAUGAGAAUGAAUGAGGCCCGAGUUGAUGCCCAAAAGCGAUUUUCUUUUGGUUUAGACAUUACUGAAUGUACGCUUGACUGCUCUAUUGAGCUUUGUGACACAUCCAUGUCAUCAACAAUGCAAAAAGCCUCACCAACUGACAAGCAGGGAUCAUUUGAUGUUGAUGAGAGUCUUGGCAUUUUGACACCGGAUCAGAUGAAGGAGUUUUUGGAUUCGACAAAUACAAAUCACACAAAUAAUUUAGAACUUCCACUUAUUCCUGGACAUAAAUUGAGUCAUCAUUAUCGUGUUGAUCAGACACCAUCGCCAGAGGAACUUCCACUUGAUCCGGUUGGUGUUAAAAUGGAGGAAGUGAUGCAACAGCCUGUACAAAAUCAUCAAGUUUCCUCAACAACAACAUCAAUGCACCAGGAAGUUUCUCAAGCUGAAAGUGACCCAAAAACGGAAAUGACAAAGUCAGUGACAUCAAAAGUAUCUACAAGUAUUAUAACAAGCAUUACAAGCAUUACAUCCUUAGACACUGGAUAUAUUGGUGAUGGUGAAAUGUCACGUCCAGCAAGUCGCGGUGCUAUGGAUCAAUCGCCUUCAAAAGUGCCACGAAAUCCACCUGCACCUGCACUUAAUUGGAAUCAAGCUCCACCAGCAGCUGCACCAAUUCACAGACAGCGACAAGAUCCAAUGACAGAUUCGGACUUUUUCACAGAAAGUGAUGCUGACGAUAUUUUUCAUCAACGUGAGAACCAGCGACGAGCACAAGUCAUUGAUGGACAUCUUUAUGGACCAAUGCUGCAAGGUGCAAAUGUCAUUUUUCAACAACAACCACAACAAAAUGAAAGUGACUCGUGUAUGGAAUCAAGCGGUGUCUUUACAGACGUAGAAAAUCGCGGAGAUGAUGACUUACUCAAUCGUAUCGCUGAGAAUCGAGAGAAUCUCCAUCAACAGCAACAACAACAUCAAUUUGCUAAUGACAUGUCACCCGACUUAUCAUCUGACACGAUUACAAGUAAUGGAACUGCUUAUAGUCAAAAGAAACUGAAUGUGACAACAACACCAUCACCAACACAGCACAUCGAUCGUCCAAGAGACUUUAUAAAUGAGACAUCAUCGUCAUUAUGCAGCGCUAUGGACGAACGUGCCGUUAGUGUCGAGACAAUAAAUCUUAUCAAUGAUACAUCAUCAUUCGGCUCAACGAAGUCAUGUUGCAUGACAAACGAUGAUUGUGACAAGCAAAUGAUCAUAAGUGACGGUAGUAGUGCGAAGAAAGUGACGGCAAGUGCGAGUAAAAAAUUGAGCGGAACAAAUCGAAAGACAUUUAAGAAUGAGGCAAAUUUUGGAUUAAAGAAGCACGAAAUGUCGUCGCGUGGUGCCGGUAUUAAGAUGAAUAAUAAUGACAAGACAGUGACAAAGAAGUGCAUGAAUGGCAAAUGGGAGCCAGUUAUGAAUAAAAUUGCUGAAAAUAAGAAUAGCAAAAAGAAAUUUGAUAAUGUGAAAUCGAAAGUGACUAGCGGUGCUGUUAAGCGUGCAACAUCAAAUAUUAAAACACCGCCAUCGGAUGAUCAUAGUAUUGUGUCGACGGAAUCUACUGGUGCUAUUGCCAAACGAAAUAGUUGUGCUGGUUAUAAAAAUAAUGGCAGUAAUAAUAGUAGUUUAAAGGAAUCGCCGACUGGAAGUAAACGUGGACGAGCACACAGCAAAGAUAGUCACCAAAGUUCACAGAGCGAUUUGAGUAUGAAUGGAGCUGCUGCAUCACCAAAGAUAAUAAAAAGUUCAUCAACACGAGCUGCAAAGAAACGAGAUGUUCGUACAAUUAGCUCAUCGCCAAGUGACUUGGGACCACCACCAAAAACAAGCAAUGGAACCAAUCAGACACAGAAAAGCAGUUCUCGCACUCUCCCAAAUUCACAAAAACGAGCACAGCCACAGCAAAUCAUCCAACCACCAGCAGUUAAUCAAAUUGCAGAGCUUAAAGGAUCACCGCCCGCUAAAAAGAUUGUACCGAGACGAUUGAUAAAUGCAAGUCCUUUACCGCAGGAUAAAACACCACUUAAAGAUCACAGCCGAUUGUCUCAACAGCAAUCGCCAGUAAAUGGAUCAAGGAGUUCAAUUCGCUCGAAUCAUUCGUCAAAGGCUGCAACACCACCGCCUAAUAACAACAGCAAUAGAAAUGGAAUUAUUGAAUCGAUAAAUGUGUCACCAAAAUCUAAAGCUAAGGAACUUGAAAACAAUAAUAGCAGUAAGAUAGUCAAUAAGAAUAACGCGAAUGUUAACAAAAUGCAACAGGAACAGCUGCUUCAGCAAAUCAUUGAUCAACAAGCACUUGAGAAACAAAAGCACAUGUUGGACCUAUUGCAUGCUAAUAAAAAUGUGGAAGCGUUAGGCGUACUUGUUCAAUACUUAGUCUUUAAUCUGGAUGCUUUUUCUUGCCCAUCCAUAAAGAAAUCACAACAAAAAACACAGAUGCAACUUCUCAAAGCACAUGAUUACAUAGACGAAAUUAAGUCAUCGUAUCAAAGUCUAGAAGAGAAAAUGCAUGAACGUGAAGAUUUUUUCAGUAAACGAGAAUUGGAACUUCAAGAGCUUCAUCGCUGUGAAAUGGCUAAAGCCAAAAAGUCAUUAGAAGAUCUUGAAAACGAGAAAUUGUCAAAGGAAAAGCUAAUAAUUGAAAUGAAGCGAUCAAAUGAAGAGAAAAUCAGAAAACUUUCAAAAGAUGUUGAGCAAAAGCUUAAUUUACGUGAUCAAGAACUUAAUAAUAUCAAGGACCGUGAGAAUGACUUAAUGAAGAGAAUACAGCGAUUAACAGUUACAGAAAAUGAGCUUCGUGAUAAGGUACAUUCAAGUGAGUUAGAGUAUGGUGAAAAGUUACAGCAUGCUACAAUGAAGGAACGGGACCUUAGUGACAAAAUCAAUCAACUCACAAAAGUACUAGAUGACAUAAAGAUCCAGUCAGACGUAGAAAAGCGAGAAUUGGAAGAAAAACUUAAUUUAUCACAAGACGAAUUGUCUGUUUUACGAAACACUAGAAAUUCCUGCUUUAAUGAAUCAUUCCAAAAUCGAACAAUCAAUACAAGUCUGCAGGAUGAAGUUGAAUCUCUAAGAUGUGUCCUUGAACUUAAACAGCAUGAAAUUUCUGAAUUAAGGAAGAUAAAUUGUGAACUUCAGAGAGCAGCUGAUGAUGCAAUAUCUGCUCAAAUUAAAUGUUCUGCAUUAGAAUCGCGAGUUGAGGAUCUUCAAGUACAAUUGCAUGCCAAAAAUGAGGAAGAGAAGGAACUAUUGCAAAAAUUGAAGACACUUCAAGAGCAAAAUGAUUUAAUUCAAAAGAAAUCCUCACGCUUAUCGCUGCAUAAUGAAGAGCUUCAAUGGCGUUUAAAACAGAAUGCAGAAAGAUACUCAAUGACUCUUAAUGAGCUGUCCAAGAGUUAUCAUGAAAGUUCAAGCUUUAUGUGUAAUCGAUCAAGUGAAUUAGACAUUAGUGGACGAGGCAAUAGUUCAACAUUAGAGGAUGAAGAUGUUACAAAUUCACCACCAGCAUCACCAAUAAUUAAAGGAGUUGUUGAGAAAAGUGACUCAGUUUCGUGGGUUUUAGAGAUGGAUGAUGAGACACCAGAAGUAUUGGCAAAUCGUAUGGUUCGACGUGCUGGAUCUUUUAGAUCUGAUAAAUGUUCACCAUCUCCAGUUCCAAAGAAACAAAAAUGUCAAAAUAAUUCAAGCAUUCAACAAUCAGCAUCUGCGACAUCAAUCAUUCGACAACAUUCAGAACCAUCGCCACUUAAAACUCUUAAUGGACGAUUACGAUCAAAAUCUGUAAGUGCAUCAAAAGCAAUUGAGCCGAGAGUUAAAGCUAUUCCACAAAUGGUUCGAUCAAUUUCUGGCAAUGGUGCUGUAAUUAAGAAUCUCAGUGAAACAGCAUGGAAACAUCACAAUUUAGCAAUGAAAACAAGCUCACCGAAUCCAAAGAAAGUCACAAUUGGUGAAUCAAUUGGCGAUGAGUUGAUUAUUGAUGAAGACUUUGAAUCUACAGCAUCAAAAAAUGGAUUUUUUCUCGAUGAUAGUGUCCCGGUAGUCGUAAAUGACGAAUGUGAAUCAUUUCAUCGAGAUACAGCUCCAAAUUUUAAGAAAUCUAGAGAAAAUCGUGGAUUAAUAACAUGCGAUACAGCAGCAUUAAGUACAGAUAUCAUUAAAAAACAUCGUCGACCAAAAGUAAGUGCUGGUGAAAUUAAGUUUAGUGGGAGUGGAUCAAAUUCUGAAGAGGAAGAGGAUGAAGAUCACUCAAAUACAUCAUCUGCAUCGUCAACAGUAUCUACAGGUCCUUCAACCCCAUCAAUUAGCUCAUCGUCAUCGACGUCAAGUAGUGGAAAUGAACAGCCAAUUGAGUCUAUUGAAGAUGCACUUUUGAGAUGGAAAGAACACAAUAAUACACCAAUGGAAGUGAGCUGGUGCGAAGAAGAACCAAGAGAAUCUUGUGUAUGACACGAAGAAAUUGGUAAUGAUCAUUUUGAGGACGAUUUUGAUAAUUUUUGAGAUUUAGCGACCUUUGAUGAUUGGGAAUUCUCUGAAGAUAUUGUUUGAUUACACUUGUCUUGUUUUGUGCUUUGUCAAAGUCCCAUAUCGUCGUGCAAUAACUAGAAAUUGAGAAGAUGAAUAAUAUUUAAUGUUGAUUUAAAGAAUAGGAAUACAAUGGACACUUAACGGUUGAUUAUAAAAUUAUGAUUAGUGUUUUUAAUAAUUUCUUUUCUUACCUUUACCUUAUAUUAAUAUAUAUGUGUAUGUAUAUCUACUGAACCUCAGCCGUUAUUACGUAGUUGUUUUAAUAGAUUUAUAAUUAAUUAACUUUAGUGACUGGGAAGAUUCCUUGGAAAUUUUUAUUAUGAUGGGCUUUGUAAAAGUAAAUGAGAUUUAAGAAAGAAACUAGUGUAGAUGUAGUCAUGAAUGACUUACAAAUGGUAAAUUUUCCUGUAUUGUCAUCUGAAAAAAGUUUGAAAUUAACGGCUGAAAAAAUUCAAAAAUUAUGUUUGGGAAGUGCGCCAAAAAAUAUCCAGAAUGAAUGAGAACAACAUUAAUUUAAUUAAUGUAAUAAUGAUGUUUAAUUAAUUUUUAAGUUCAAAUUUAAUUAAUAUAUAUUUGUUGUAAACUCUUGUCCCUCAGUCUUUUAAAAAGAACUGAUUAACGCGAGUGAAAAAAAAGAAGAAUAUUAAGGAACAUAACGUUGAUGAUGGAAAAAUUGAAAUUGUCAUAAUUUUUCUAAUUUAAAAUCACUCAAAUUUAUAUUUAAAUUUUAAUUCCUUUAUAUUAUUUUCCUUUGGUUUUUGCUAAAUAAUGUUAAGUGUACCUGACGCGCGAUCAUGCUUAAUGAUCCUACAUAUAAAACACACACACACAGAAACAGAUGAAAAUCUUUUGGUUCUUUCCAAUGUGGAAAGGAAGUUUCUCGAAAAAUGGAGCUCGCUCAAUAAAAACAAAAAAAAUUAUGUUUUGUGACUACAAACUUUUCAUGCUUUUUAACUCACAAUUUCUUGUAAAUAAAACAAAAAAGUUUUGUGGCAGUCUUUAAGGUUUUCAUUCCUGAUUACCUUAUUGACAAACUUCAAUUUAAUGAUGUAUUUCAGAGAACAACUUGUAGCAUAAAAUUAAUUGUGUUUAAUGUCCAUCUUAUGUUUCGCAAUUUGAUGUAACAACUCUCUUUUGGAUGUCAUUAAAUUGCAAUGCGUUUGAUGGGAUUCUCAAUAGAACAAAUGAUUAUUAAAGGAUUGGAUGAGGCUUGGAAGUUGUUUGUAGAAAGUUUUUAAACAAUACAAUUUCUUCAACAUUGUCUAAAUCCCUACAAAUUCUCAAAAUUUUAAAACUAUUUCGACCGUUAAAAUUUAACUUCCUUCAAAAUCAAAAUGAAGCACAUUUUAUUAAACUUUCACAAACAACUUCUCAUCCAAAUCCUUCAUUUAAACAUAAUAAAGCAAAGAAUUUCUUUAUUUUUUGACUAUCACAAAAAUUAAUGCAAAUGAGAUAAAUCCGAUGAAUCUAUAAAAUAAAUUGUUAUUUCACAAGAAAAAGAAAAAAAGUAAAACAAUUUUAAAAAUAGAAACUAUUGUAAAUGAGUAUAAUUAAAUGAAAAAGGAUGAUUGUAAAAAGAUUUUGAGCUAUUAGCCGCCUCCUUUAAACAUUUCUGUCACUUUUUUUUUCUCUGUUUAGUGGAAAGAAAAUCAGAGUAAGAGAUCAUUUGUGAACGUAAAGAAGUCGUUUAAUGAUAAUAAAAGAAUAAAUAAAACUUAAAAUGCAUCACAAGAUGAAAGAUUUGAAGAAAAUUA